GUUUGGAGACUUCUUCAUGGCUGCCCAAGCUCUCAGUGUGCGAGGAGAUCAACACGAGAGUGACACUGAUGAAGGGAACGAGGGAAGGCGAGGCAGUCUUACAAAACAGACAGGCCGGUUCCGCUUCAGAAGCAUCAUGAGGAAAGUGUUAUUGUUGGUUAGGUGGGAGCUAAAGUCGGAGGAGUUCCGGAGAAAUCUGACUAAGAAACGAGGGGGGAGGAGAAUUAGUAUUCUAGACGAUCCUGACAGAGAACGUGCCCUGACAGAGAGAGGACUAUCUGACAGAAGACCAACUAGGAUGAUAAGACUAGCCCUCACUGUGCAACCAGGCAAGAGGACUACCGAGAUGCUCGACCUCAUCCGACCAUAUAUUAAUAGGUUGAAGUGUUGUGAAACCCUGAAUGGUAAAGUUAGGAGUCAGUUACCGAACAUUGUAGAGUACGAAUGUCUGGACAAGGGACGGUUCAUUGUCAAACAAGGUGACGCGGGAGAGUCCUACUAUCUGAUCGUGAGUGGUACAGUGGAUGUGAUGAUAGAGGAGGGAGGCGCUCCUAAAUACCUCAACAUUCUUAAAAGUGGGCAGGGAUUUGGAGAAGUUGCUCUCGUCAACAAGGGGCCCCGAACUGCUAGUAUUAUUACAAAGGAGCCUACCGAGCUAUUGAGGAUAGACAGGGACCAGUUUCACGAGGUUCUGAGAGCAUCUAAACUACAAGAAAUAGCGAGAAAGCAGAGUUUCUUGAGAACCCACCCCUCUUUUCAUGCUCUGCCGGAGGAUAUACUGAAGAAGUUCGUAGACAAUGCUGUUAUCAAGGACUACAAACCUGCCGAGAUGAUAAUAAAAGUGGGAGAGGAGACAGUUGACCAUAUAGUGAUAGUAAUCUCCGGCGAAUGUGUGGUCGAGACCCCUGUAUCUCUUGACUACUACAAGUUGAAAGAUAAAAGAUUCUUUUUAGACCUGCCCUCCUCUACCAGACCAGAUAUUCAGCGAUACAACAAACUACCCCCAGUCUCCUCUGAUAAAAGGAUCUUCGCCCAGACACAAGGGCACUCCUGCAGCUCCAGAAUAAUGAGUACCCCAACUAAAUCCUCCUCCUCCAGCUGUUCAAGAAACUCAGAUGGAGACAGGCCCUACGCUACAGCACAGUUAGAGGAGGAGGCCGUGUCAAGAUACAGAGACUACUUCCGUAAUGACGUCAAAUCAGUCACAUCCAGACAAUAUCACCUAAUUCUGCGUAGGAUCGGACCUAAGGAGUACUUCAGUGUGUCAGACUUUAUCGCUCAAAACAAGUGUAACGUUGGAGCGGAGAAGAAAGUGGAAUGUUUAUUGUUACCUAAAAUUCUCUUCCAGAGGUUCAACAUGCUCUCCGUUCUGGAGGACAUGGCAGCAAUAGAGCUGGGAAGUACCCUGACGGUGGAGGAGGCUUUUGAGAGGUUCUUGAGGCGGAGACACUGGGAGAUGUACAAGAAGAAGAUAGUAUCGGACGUGCUGAAGAAGAUGUCAAAUAGAUAGCUCCACAUGUAACAUUAUAUGGUAGUGUAACUAUGGUAACACUACCAUAUAAGGUCAUGUCACAAAUAGAUAGUAUUCCUGUCAUGUCAGAUGGAAAUUAUCAGAUAUAGAGAUUGCUGAAAGAUUGCACUGUAUGUAGACAUCAGCUGAACUAGAGUAAUAGUAUUGACUGAAGAGUGUUUAAUUAUGCUGAUGGUGUUAAAAUUUGCUGAUGAUGUUAAAAUUAGCUGAUGGUGUUAAAAGCGAUUGAGAAAGCGUCACCACCAUGUUAAGUACUGCGCGACUUACAGAGCCAGACAGUCGAUCGAACACAACAACUACACUAAAUAGUGCGAUUAUCUCAAGCUAGUGUUAUUUUAUUAUUGGACAAGAUCUA